AUGGAGGACUACGUCCCUGGUAUAGAGGACUACGUCCCGGGUAUAGAGGACUACGUCCCGGGUAUAGAGGACUACGUCCCGGGUAUAGAGGACUAUGUCCCAGGUAUAGAGGACUACGUCCCAGGAAUAGAGGACUACGUCCCAGGUAUAGAGGACUACCUCCCAGGUAUAGAGGACUACCUCCCAGGUAUAGAGGACUACGUCCCGGGUAUAGAGGACUAUGUCCCAGGAAUAGAAGACUACGUCCCAGAGGACUACGUCCCAGGUAUAGAGGACUACGUCCCAGGUAUAGAGGACUACGUCCCAGGUAUAGAGGACUACGUCCCAGGUAUAGAGGACUACGUCCCGGGUAUAGAGGACUACGUCCCAGGUAUAGAGGACUACGUCCCAGGUAUAGAGGACUACGUCCCAGGUAUAGAGAACUAUGUCCCAGGUAUAGAGGACUACGUCCCAGGUAUAGAGGACUAUGUCCCAGGUAUAUAUGACUACGUCCCAGGUAUAGAGGACUAUUUCCCAGGUAUAGAGGACUCCGUCCCAGUUAUAGAGGACUACGUCCCAGGUAUAUAG